AUGCUCGUCUGUAACAUAUGUAUAGACGAACUUAACGAGCCCGUAUGUCUUCCCUGUGGCCACGUAUUUUGCGGGUCGUGCAUAGUUCGCACCGUAAACACGAUCAAACCAGCGACCAGUCUGCAACCUUGUCCCACUUGUAGAAGGUUGUACUCUAUCAUAAAUGUCGAUCCCUCGACAAUCCCUCCGCCCAUCCGUCCUCACUUAGUCCCGAGCAUACGGAAACUCUACCUAGGUGAAACUAACACCAAAUCUUGGGAUUCGGCUACCCCUUCAUCCGCUGCUGUAUCUGAGUGCGGCCGGCUCGCAGCGGAAAAUAAAACUUUGCGGGUCAACUGUGCCGUGUGGAAGAGAAGAGCGGAGCUUCACGCCGCUGCCACUCUUGGAUUGCUGAACCUUGCUCGACUGGCUAGGGAUUGUAAUCAACAAUUGAAGAACGAGAGGGACGACCUUGAGCGACAAUGUAAUUUAUUGAAGAGG